GGUGGGGCGGUGUGAAGUGUGUGUGGAAACUGGAAAGGUUUCCCCGAGAAGUUCCCUUCCCCGUUCCUUUGUUCCGCGUUUGGCUUGACUUUAGUUUCAUGUCGUUUCUUUGUAGUGUUGUUCCCUUGGAAAAAAGGACCUUGGUUUUCCCAUGUCUGGCUGAAGUUCUAAAACCGCCUGCUUCUGAGGGAAAAUGGAAAGGAUUUAUUUCCGCGAUUGACAAUCAAGCUAACCAUUCAUCCCAUUCUUCUUUUUCUUCUUCUUGUCAUGGAUGGUGGCAGACUAUGCUAGCACACCCCUUCAGAAAAACAUGAUACUUAGUCCCUGCCCUUCCUCCCGUCCACCACCUUACCUCUUCUCGUAUUCUUCUUCUUAUGUGACGGUAGCUGCCGCGGGAUGCAGGCGUUCUGUGGUGUUAAUGGUGAAGAAACCGAGCAAGGACGAGUGCCUGCUUCCAAAUGCCUUGAGGAGGAAUCGUUCGGCUUCGUGGCUAGGUGGCUUCAGUCUCGGAGUCGACCUCGGCGAUUCCAGAACAGGUGUCGCAAUAAGCAACGGCUUUUCCCCCCGCCCUCUUACCGUUUUGGAGUUGAAGGGUCAGAAGCUCGAGAUGCGGCUAAUUGAAAUUGCAGAGCAGGAGGAAGCAGACGAGUUCUUAAUUGGGCUCCCUAAGUCACGCGAUGGAAAGGAGACACCUCAGUCGAAUAAGGUUCGGAGCAUAGCGGGACGACUUGCUGCUCGUGCAGCAGAAAGGGGUUGGAGGGUAUACUUGCAAAACGAACAUGGGACAUCAGCAGAGGCCAUCGACUUCAUGAUUGACAUGGGAGUCAAGAAGGUUGCCCGCCAAAGACGAAUUGAUGCUUAUGCCGCCAUGAUGGUGCUGCAAAGGUAUUUUGAAUCAUGCGGUCGUGAAGCUGAAUUGGUCCUCCCCAAAGACGGGGCUCUUCAAGAGAAGAUUAGGAAAGGUCCUCCACGAGAUCCAGAUUUUUUCCCUGAAGAAACAGGUGGCGAAUCUUUGUUCUUCUCAGAUACAACGAACACACAGUUGGAAAUAUGAGGCAUUGGUUGUAGUAAUCUUUUGCUCUUGGAUCUUGGUUGCAAGCCAGAGCCCUGCUGUCAACAUAAUUCUACUGUAAGUUUUCCGUUUCUUCUUUAUUUUCAGUUCCCAUCAAAACAAAAUUCCCAGCGUGUGAUAUUGACGGCCUUGUUGCUGAUGUUCUUUAGUUUUUUCUAACCAUAUCCAGUUAUGCUGGUGAUGUAGACCCCGGAGCCUAGACCCUCGACCUGCUAUUCUGUAGUUAAUACAAACAAACUAACUGACCUUCAGUUUGUCUAGUUUAAUGCCUUCAACUGUAAAUAAGCUGAAUUGGAAUU